CGUCAUAGUAGGGCACCUGAAAACUUUAAUCUUUACAAAUUCAGACAUUGCUAAUCAACGUGAGCCAAAUAUAAACACAUGUGCAUAAAGAUGUUGCAUGCUUAUUGUUCUUUUAGACGAAUUGAACUAAUUUAAAUGGUAGUUUCCAGUGUUCGCUUUGUUCUAAAACUCGGAUGUAAUUCAAGCGCAAGGACGAGCCUAAAAUAUAUUUACGUUUGGUGCAGAGGUUACGUGUUGUUGAAACUUUGCUUUUAAAGAUGGAACAAAAUCAGCUUAGGUUGACUGCCAAACAGAAGAAUGCCACUAUGACCACUAACCCGUGACCACUAAGUGAAAGAUAAACGAUUAAAAGAAUCUACUAACAAGAGAUAUUCCAAAGGAAAUGGACAACAGAAUAGAAGUAUGUGCUGAUAUUUUAAGCGAGUUUUUGGAGGUGGCAAUACACUGUAUUCUACACUGCCGAGGUGUUUACCCACAGGGUGUCUUUGGCCGCAGAAAGAAGUACAAUGUGCCUGUUCAGAUCUGUCUUCAUCCAGAAGUGAGCAAGUAUAUCACCAAUGUCACAACAUCUGUCAAAUCUCUGCUGAAAGACUGUGGUGCAGACAAAGUGUCCAUCGUUAUUGUGUCAGCAGAUGGCCGGCCAUUAGAGAGAUUUGUUUUUGACAUUUCCUAUAAUACUGACCGCAUGAGGUCUGACAGAGAUGAUGAUUAUCUGCUACACCUGGAGCAAUCACUGAGGGCAUUAUUAUUGAAGUUGAAUGUGUCUGAUGCAUUGCUUCAACCUCUUCCAACAGAGUGCAGCUGGACAGUACAUGUUCACACACGAGAGUCAUCUGCUAGCAAACUAGAAGAAUCUCAGAACAACAUGGAUUUUCCUUGGGUUGAAGCAGAGGAGCGGGAAGUGCAUAUGAACAAUUCACAUAUAGUGCCUCUUCGCUCUUUAAAAUCACAACUAUUUAAAGUACAACUGUUCGCAGAAGAAAGCCGUGACAAAAAGUAAAGGAAAAUCUUUCCCAGGUGAUCAAAACUGUGAUUUUUUGUGUAUUGCGUCUUAAAUAUGCAAAUGAUUGCAUUUGUUUAAAGUUAUCCUGUCCUGUACAGUAAUGUUAAAACCCUGUAAUAAAAUUCUGAUUCUGAUUCUAAAAGUGUCAGUGACUGGGUAGAUGUAAGAAACAAACCUUUAUGAUCAUACCACACAUCUAGAAAAACAUGCACAUAGCCAUACGGUGUGUUUAUUUAAUGAAAAGGCCAUGGGCAAACCAAUAGCCCUGGAAGUCGGCGUACAGACCAAAUCCAGCAGGUCGAUAUUGCUCUAUUAAAAAUUCAAAAGUCUCACUUGACAGUAGCAAGAAAAUCAUCCAGAACGCUUAAAAAUGUUGGGGAGAAAGAGAAAUCAACCAUUCCCAAGAUGGGAGGGAGGAAAAGAGGGGAACCCACUUUAUCACAAGCUUUACUAGCUGAAAAGAUGCUGUGUGAAAAUUUAAAAAUGAAAAAAAAGGUAUCUGCUUGACUAAAGAGGCAGUGUAACAUUAUAAUCCUUUUUGACAAAUAUCAAUACAAAGAAAGAAAAAGGUCGAGCCAUGUCCUUUUGGUGCUGUUGUGGCUUGGUCAAGUCUCCGUUAGGACAUGGAAGUGAGUAAAAUGUUUUUGUUAUAAAACCACUGUUUAUGUGCAGCUAAAUUCCAAAUCUGAUGAUGAUUAUAUAAAGAAUUAUGUAAGGGCAAUUCUCUGAGAAUCUCUCUGAAUAGAUUAUAUACAUGUGCAAUCCACUCAAACAUAUUUACAUCACUGCAUAUGCAGUUUGUAGAUCUGAGGUUUUUGGAAACAUCAAAGUUUCUGGCAUUCUCACCACUAUGAAGGCUGUGUGCACCAUUAAGCGCUUUCCCACACCAAUGCAUAACUUUUACACAAAACAAGGAUGCCAUAUAAAUCUAUUACAAAUUACAUGCAUCUUAAAUCUAUUUACAAAACAACAAAAAGUCUCAUUUUAAAAACCCCCAGUGGAAAUACUAACUGUACACUGGCAUGCACAGGCACACACACAAAGAACAAAGUGCAUGAUGGUUUGCUGAGAAAAAAAUGAUUAACUCUGCUGCAGUUGAACAUACUAUUAUCUCUUCGUCUGACAUGGAAAGAACAAAUUGAGCAAGCAACUCAGAAUGUGAUAAAGAGUGAAGUUUUAGACUAACAUACACAAUCUGUGGAGGUCAAAGGACAUCAUCGGAAAGGUAACGAACUGAGCACUGGACUUGCUACCAAAUCUCUUCAAUCAACUAUUCAAAAUCUGCAAUUUAGCCACUUUACACAAAACAAACAAUCAGAAAUGUUCACAAUCAUUUAAAAUACAAAUAAAAAGAAAGAAAAAAAGGGGACCAAACUUAAAUGGGGAAAAGGGAGGAAGAAAGAAAAUCUGUACUGUCAUAAGUGCAUAUAAAUGUGCAUAUAUACAAACAGAUGGGAGUUUUCCUUUUUAUGCACAUCAUAUUAUUUUAGCUGAAGCCAAACCUUGGCUGAUACGUGUGCAUGCUCACUAUAAGGUCACACCUGCUUUGUCUCCUUUUUGGACGACUGGCUGGCUUGGUGCCUUGUGGCACAGCGGUAUCACUGAACCAGCAAUUGCAAGAUUCAAAUCACAAGUUGCACCCUGGAUCUGCAAGGGUAUGUUAUAAACCAGAAAAACAGCAAACACGUGGGAACCACCUUGGAACUAGGCUACCUCCACCCUGCCGCCCAAACUCAACAACAACUAAAUCAACCACUAUGUCAAUCACAAAAUGAAGUGGGUUAACUUAUGCUUUUGUCUUCUCAUUGAGAAAUUUAAAAAACAAAACACAGAACACUGAUUCAUUUUAUGUCACGAUAUACAGGAUUGGGGCAGGG